AUGGGAAAAGUUAUUGAACAAAGUAUAAGUGAAUUUCUUGAAUCAAAAUUUGAUGGAUUCAAAAUUCAAAAAUUUUCCGAUAAAGAUCUUGAAAAUUUCAGUUUUAACAAUUCCAAAAUAUACGGAAACGUUGAAAUUGCCACAUUAAAGAAAAAUAAUUCUACCGUCGUGUUAAAACCAAUCAAUGUUGCCAAUAUUCGUUUCGAAGUUGAUGAGAUUAAAUUAAUGUGGGAGGCAGGUUCCGAUAAAUCCACAUUAAAAUUACACGGUGUUUAUAAAGAUGCAAGUAAAGAUGAAUAUUAUCUCGUAUUGGAAUAUAUUAAUUGUGUGACCCUUACUCAAUACUUGCAAAAUAAUUUUAAAACUUUGGAUUGGAAUAAAAAAAUUAAAAUCGCAUUAGAUAUUUCAAACGAACUUAUUUAUUUAUUUCUUAAGCAAGUAGAAGUACUCCCAAAAGAUCCGCGUGCAAUGAAUUUAUUCUAA